UUUUUUUAAAAUCAGCGUUCAUGCUACCGGGACACAUACAAACAAAACAGAUCUUAUCGAAAUUUUAUUAUUAUAAUAUUAGUUGAAGUAUGAUCAAAUAGCAUAGAAAAAUAGAGCAUUCUUUCCUAUAUCACUACAUCAAAAACGAAAAUUUCCUUGAACUUACUAUAAGGAAAUAAGAUAGUGACGACGCUACUUUUGGAUUGCCCUAAGUAUAUCCAUCGUCGAUUAACCUCAAUUAGAAAUUAUGGUAUUACUGAUAAUUUAGUCUUGAUAUUUCCUUUCCAACAGUAGAAAUUUAAUAGAAAUCGAUCUUUAAUUUCGGAAUAACAUUUUCAUACACUUUUGCUCGUUAACGUUUUUGUUCUCUUUUGCUUUUGCAUGUUAUAAGAGUGUGUAUUUUUCAUUGUUUGACAAUUAUUGUCUGUAUAAUAGAGCAUCUGGCUAAUUUAUAUGUAACAGCAUGAUGAAUGCAAUUUUUGAUUUCAUGUUAUAAAUAAAAAGCUUACAUAUAUUUAUUUCUGUUUUGUUUACUUUAGGUCAAUUCUCAUUUACAGACAAGUUGGAAAAUUGUCUUGUUUAUGUCAUGUCAUGAAGGCAAUAAUGAAGUAUUGAAAAGUGGUGAUAUUGUUCGUUUAUAUCAUGCUGAACAAGAAAAAUUUCUAACCUGUGAUAAUUAUAAAAAAAAGUCUGUUGUUUUUCUUCGUGCAACGGGUCGUGCAUCGGCCACAUCGGCCACAUCUUCAAAUGCUUUGUGGGAAGUUGAAGUUGUGCAACAAGAUCCAUGUCGAGGUGGAAUUGGUCACUGGUCAUCGUUAUUUCGUUUUAAACAUUUGGCUACAAUGCAGUAUUUAGCUGCCGAAGUUGAUAAUGAUCAAACAUUUGAUCCAACAAGACAAAAACUUAGAGGACCAUCAGGAACACCUGUAUUUGCUCUUGUACCCAUUCCACAUGGCUACGAUAUUUCUUCCAUAUUUGAAUUGGAUCCCACAACGAUUACGCGUAAUGAAGAAGCUGUUCCAUGGAGUUCUUAUGUUAGAUUACAGCAUAUAUGCACAAAUACCUGGGUACAUAGUACAAAUAUUAAAAUAGAUCCAGAUGAUGAUAAUGUUCGAUUUAAAAUUGGUUGUGCACAAACAAAAGAAGAUAAAGAAGCAUUCCAAAUUAUACAUGUAUCACCUAACGAAGUUAGAGAUCUUGAUUUUGCUAACGAUGCUGGACAACAUUUUGAUAUGACAGUAUCUAAAUGGGAAAAAAUAGGAGCAAUCAAUAUACAUCCCAACGAAAGAAAACAAGUGAUUCAACUACUAGUUGAUAUAGUGUAUUUUUUGGCUUGUCAAGAAAAUAAUGUUAGUGAUCCAUUCGAUGUACAGAUAUUGAAACCAAAUCGAGAAAGACAAAAAUUAAUUCGAGAACAAAACAUUCUAAAACAGUUAUUUCGCAUAUUAAAAGUAUUAAAACCUCGCUUAGAAUUUGAACGUAGUCAAAAGUCUGAUAAUAAAACCGAUGGUUUACCGUCAACUAUAUCUCAACAACAACUACAAACUAAAGAUGAUCAACAAAUAUUUUUACAGCAAGAUGCUGAUGUUAGACAUUCUUCAGUAUUUUAUCAAAUGAAAACAAUAUGUAGAUUAUGUUAUAGAAUAUUGAAACAUUGCCAACAAGAAUAUAGAAAAAAUCAAGAAACAAUUGCCAAAGAAUUUUCAUUUAUGCAAUCACAAAUUGGCUAUGAUAUUUUGGCUGAAGAUACGAUAACAGCUUUAUUGCAUAAUAAUAAAAAAUUAUUAGAACAACAUAUUACCGAAAAAGAAAUUGAUACAUUUGUUAAACUAUUACGAGAAAAAAGAGAUUGCAAAUUUCUUGAGUAUUUAUCUGAUUUAUGUGUAUCGAGUAAUCAAGCAAUUGCUCGUACACAAGAAAUGAUUUGUAAAUCGGUCUUGGAAAAAAAUUCCGAUAUACUCAUUCGAACAAAAUUGGAUUUGAACCCGUGUGUAGAAGAUAUGAUUUUAGAUGAUAAUAAUUCAUUACCGACAGGUCUUUCAUCACAAAAUAUAAUACGAGAAGUUAUAUUGACAUGGGAUGGAAAAUCUGAAUCAAUUGAAUUUAUGGCCGGUGUUGUUCGAGAUCAAUUAGCACACCCAAGACGAGAAGAAUUUCGAAAUAUUUUAGAAUAUUAUAGAUUUCAAUUGACUUUAUAUUCUCAUAUGUGUUUUGAUCGUCAAUAUUUGGCCAUUGAUAAUCUUUCACCAGAAUUAUCCAUCGAUCUUAUAUUAACAUGUACAAAAAGCGAAAAUUUGCCAGGCACAUUACGUGCAUCAUUUUGUCGUUUGAUGAUUCAUAUGCACGUUAACAGAGAUCCACAAGAAGAAGUAACACGAAUUAAAUAUGCUAGAUUAUGGAAUCAAGUUAAAACAGAAGUAUCAUUAAAUGAUUAUGAUCAAUGUCAUUCGUUGGAUCCCGUGGAAAGAAAUGAAAAUCGUCCAAAAUUUGAAACAACAAUGAAAUUUGUUGAAGAUUAUUUAAAAACUGUUGUUGAACAACCAAAUUCAUUUGGUGAUAGAGAACAGAAUAAACUAACACAUGAAGUUGUCAAUCUGGCUCGUCGUUUAAUAUUUUUUGGCUUCUACAGUUUUGAAGAUUUAUUAAAGUUAACGCGCACACUCUUGGGACUAUUGGAUACAUCAAAAGUUUUAACUGAAUCGGCAAAUAAUACCCAUCAUGAACCAAAAACUUUUCCGUUAAAAGCUGGUGGUCCAAAUGCGAAUACAAAAUAUGAGCAUGUGCUAACAGCCACAGCUGCUCUAAUUUCAAGUGUAUUUGUUGAUCCGGCAGCCGACAAACAAACAGAAAUACUCGAUGAUUUAGCAUACGAAACAAAAAUGAAUGUCAUCGCUAUAUUAGAGUUCAUUCUCGAUAUUCGUCUCGAUUUUCGUAUAUCUCGUUUAAUCUCGAUAUUUAAACAAAAAUACGGUCGAGCAGAUCCUCUUGUCAUUACGGGAAUGGACUUGAAUUCGGCUGAUGUUGAAUGUAUAUUCGAUUGUGAAUCACCCAAUUUAGAUUUAGAUGAUGAUAAAGGAAAAACAUUUUUAAAGGUUUUAUUAAACUUAGUUAUGCAUGACUAUCAGCCAUUAGUAAGUCGUGCACUUUCACUUCUAUUUCGACAUUUUAAUCAACGAAAAGAAACAUUACAACAUUUAAAUCAAGUACAACUAUUAGUGUCGGAAACAGAUAUUAAAAAUUAUAAGCAAAUUAAACAAGAUUUAGAUCAAUUAAGAUUGUUUGUAGAAAAAUCAGAACUAUGGGUAUAUAAAAAAAGCAAAGAAAGUGGAGGACAAGGUGAUCAAGAUGAGAAAAAAGAAGAAGAAUUUGAUAUCAAAAAAUUAGGAUUUUCGACUGGUUUUAGCGAACCAGACUUAGAAAAUGGUCCACAAAUUACUGACGAAUCAGCAUAUCGUUAUAUAUCAAUAUUUCAGAUACUUCGUCGUAUGAUGAAAUUAUGUGUUCACGAAACAUUGGAUAAUUUAUACGCUAGAGAAAAUGAACAACGAUUAUUACGAAAUAUGGAUGUACACGUUGUUGUAUUAGAUCUAUUAAAAAUUCCCUAUGAUAAAGCUGAAGAUACUCGUAUGAAUCGUAUAAUGAUGUUAGCUCAAAAUCUUUUACAAUAUUUUUGUUAUGAAAAUCCAACAAAUCAAGCUAAAUUAUAUGAAUUGUAUUUUCAUGAUUAUCAACAAAUAUCUGAAGUACGAGGAGAACAAGAAGUUGAAACAUGUUGUUUUAUAUUUAUGAAUAAUGUUCAAUUAUGUAAAACCAUUACAGAAAAACAUGUUCAACAUUUUGUACAUCUAAUUGAAUUACAUGGAAAAAAAGUGUUGUACAUCAAAUUUUUACAAACAAUUGUUAAAGCAGAAAAUCAAUAUAUUAAAAACUGCCAAGAUAUUGUUAUGUCAGAAUUGGUUAGCUCGGAUGAAGUGUUCAUGUUUUAUGAUAAAUCAAAUUUAGUUGAUUUAGUUGAACGUAUGAAAUCGGAGAAAGAACGACAAGAUCCAAAUUCAUUGUUAAACUAUCAUGUUCAAUUAGUAUUGUUAUUGGCCAUGUGUACCGAGGGUAAAAAUGCAUCAACAGAAAUUAAAUGUCAUUCAUUGAUUGCUCUCGAUGAUAUUGUUUUAAUUGUUACACAUCCCGAUUGUAUACCGGAAGUUAAAAAUGCCUAUAUUACGUUUUUAAAUCAUUGUUAUAUCGAUACUGAAGUAGAAAUGAAAGAAAUUUAUAAUAGUCAACAUAUUUAUACACUCAUUGAAAAAGCAUUCACUUCAGAUAUUGAUAAAUUAAUUAACAGAGCAAAUGAACGUCGUAGUUUAGAAAAAUAUUUAUUAGAAACUGUUUGUGAUUUAAUAAUACAAUUUUUUAAUUCACCAUUUUUUGAACAAUCAGCUGCACCACAAAAUCGUAACAGUGCACUAUUAUCAUUACAUGGCCAUCUCGUUCGAGCAUUAAAUAUUACAUGGUUAACAACGACACAACGUGACAGAAUCGAUCGAUGUAUACAUAUUUUAUCAAAUAUAGCUGAUCGUCGUGGUUUAAAUCAACACUUACGUUCUCAACAUCAAGCAGUAGAAUUAUCUCGUCAACGUCGUACAUCUCGUACAAGUUCGCAUAAUAUUGACCAUACGCGUGGAAAUUCAACUUCCAGUUCAAUAUCUGGUCAAGGAUCAAAUUAUGAACAUUCACAAGAUAAAGAACAUAAACGAGUUAUCGAUAACUUUGUGGAGUAUCUUAGUCAAGUUAGUAUUCGUUUAAGUCCAUUGAUUCAAGCUGAAAUUAGUGUAUUAGUGGAUGUGAUACGAGCACCACAAUCAUUAUUCAAUGACACACAUAAAUGUCGAUUUAUAUUUCAAAAUGGAGCAUUUGUUCACAAAUUGGUACAGCAUGCAAAAUAUUUGCUUAAUCAAACAAAUGAAAUUUUAUGUUUGAGAAUAAUGCAUGCAUUAAAAACAAUGGUCCAUGCAAAAAUUGAAUUUGAAAAUAGGGGUCAAAGUUUAAGAUCAAAAUUAUUACGGCGUUAUUUCUCCGAUGAUAAACAAUAUUUAAAAUCACUUCAUCAGCCAUCAAAAGGUAAGAUUAAAAUGUGUUUAUUACACGAAUGCAUUAAAACUUAG